AUGAUCGCUGUUGAAGUAUCAAUCGAAGAAUUGGAUGAUGUUAAUCUUUUUAUCGUUAUAAACAAAUCACAACAAAGAAUUAUUGGUAAUAGCAAUAAUGGCAAUGGCAAUAAUAGUGGUAUUGAUCAUGGUAAUAAUAUUGAUAUUAUGAGUGUUCAAAAUCCAGUUGAACGAAGGCCAAAAGGUCGUUCCAAAUCCAAGAAGGUUAAAAGUUCCUUAGAGCAACCUAGUGUUAAAACUCAAUAUAAAUGCAAAUUAUGUAAACAAAGGGACAUAACAGCAAGACUUGUAAAGAACAAGAACAAUUAA